GCGUUGGACACGUCUCUGCAGACGGACGAGUCAGAGGACCAAUCAGACGACGAGGACAAAGAGAACGAGCCUGAAGACGAAGAGGAGGAUGAUGAUGAUGACGGAGGCGGCUGGAUCACUCCCAGCAACAUCACACAGGUGAAGAUGGACUCGUCUGAUUGGACGGCGCCCGCUGACGUCAGAGUCGGCUGUCUGACCACCGACUUCGCCAUGCAGAACGUUCUGAUCCAGAUGGGACUUCACGUUCUGUCCGUUAACGGGAUGCUGAUCAAACAGGCGAGGAACUACAUCCUGAGGUGUCACGCCUGCUUCAGGACGACGAGCAACAUGAUCAAAGUGUUCUGUCCUCACUGCGGGAACCGGACGCUGAAGAAGCUGGCCGUCACCGUGAGUCAGGACGGCAGCACGCAGAUGCACUUCUCCAAAAACCCCAAAGUGCUGAACCGCAGAGGACUGAGGCACUCGCUGCCGCCGCCUCAGGGCGGGAAACACGGAAACAACCCUCAGCUGGUGGAGGACCAGCGCUUCCCUCAGCAGAGACUCUCGCGCAAAGCUCGCCAGAAGACGGACGUCUUCAACCCCGACUACGUGGCCGGAGCGUCGCCGUUCUGCCAGAACGACAUCUACAGCCGAGCGGCCAGCCUGCAAAUCAGAGACAGCCAGAGCGGCGGCGGCCGCAGGCGCGCCAACCCCAACGCCACCCGCAGCAAGUUCGUCAAGAAGAAGUGAGGCGCUGACGGGCGUGUGGACUCGUGAUGACAUCGUCAUCACCAUCCUCAUCCUCAUUUUUACCAUCACCUUCACCUUCACCUUCACCAUCCUCGCCCUCGUCACUGAAGCGGCGUUCAGGCGACGCCGUGCUGAAGGUAAAACACAGAAACGGAGAAAUGAUCCUUUAAAAAUAAAAGCUGCAGUUUGUCUUGUUAUUAUAUUAUCUUUAUAUUCUUCUCUAAUAAAUAAUCUGACUUCAGCCGA